AUCGGCGGGGCCCUCAGUAUCCAUCCGGAAAUGGAGCGACGCAACGCGAACCCGGCUAGCCUGCUGUUGCACCUGACCGCCGCCGUGCACCUGGGCUACGCCAUCUACUACGACUACCGGUUCGCGCAGAUGCCCGAGUUGGCGGUGACCCUGCGGCUGGAGCCACCGAUGGGCGGCAAGUUCAAGUAUAUGACCUUCCUGGGCGGCCUGCUGCAGUUCGGCUACUACGCCCUGGCGCUGACCUACGACCUCCUGCGGCUGAGAUCCCUGAGAAAGCUGCGCGACUACAUACUGGCCACUUUUGUGGUGCCCCUGGCCCUCACGGUGGGCAUGACCUUCUGGACGCUCUACGGCAUCGACCGCGAGUCGAUCUAUCCGGAGUUGCUGGACCUGGUGUACCCCAACUGGCUGAACCACGCCAUGCACACCUUUGUGGUGGUCUAUGCCCUGGUGGAAAUGGGGGUCACCCGCCAUCAGUAUCCGCAGCGCAAGAGGGGAUUCGCCGGACUGGGCGCCUUCAUGGCGGGAUACCUGGUGUGGCUUCACUUCGUCUGGUUCCGGACGGGCAUCUGGGUGUACCCCUUCCUGGGGGGCCUCCAGUGGCCCCUGCGGAUCCUUUUCUUCGCCCUGAUCAUGGCCCUCGGUUUCGGUUACUAUCUCCUGGGCGAGCACGUCAACCUCGUCCUGUCGGUGCGAAGUCCCCGCGUUCGCAGAUGGAGUGGCAGCGAUUGAAUGUCUACCACUGGUAAUUUAAGAUUAGGAACUAGGGCUGCUAUAACUUAAAAACAUAUAUGUAACUUUAGACCAGUUUACAAAUGCAUCUCACAAGUUUAGUUUAUUCAAGCUUUACUAUGCCUUAAUAAAAGCUUAAGAAGUAAAGUAACCGUAUAAUAUUAAAAUUGU